CACGCUACAACUUGGAUAGUUGGAGUACAAGUCAUCCAUCCGUCCCUUUGAAAACUUUCCCGCGGUUCGCCAUUUUAGACUUCAACCCAUGAUUUUCUUUGAUUUGAUGCUUCCUUUUUCUUCCUUCUUUCCUUCCUUCAUUUUUAAUAUAGAAGUAUAGAAUUCGUUAACUUGUCAACUCAGCUAAUCUCUAUUUUCCUUCUCUGAUAUACUUUAAUUUGAUGGCUGCUUCUCAAGAAAAUGCUUUUCUAAUGGAAGCAAGUGCAACCGAUCUAGAGCUCCAGGAACAAGGAUGCGGAUGCUUUUCAACGACUUUCCGAUCGUGUUUUCGAUCCCGAAAACUAGACGCUGAUCGAGUCAAUCUGUUGGCAGAGAGACAGGAAUACAGGGAAUCCUGGGUGGUGAAACAAGUAAAGAAAUUGAGAGAGGUAUCUGAAUUAGUAGCUGGACCUAAAUGGAAGAACUUUAUUAGGAAAAUCGGUGCUUACUUCAAUACUAAUAAAAAGAGGAAUGAUUUUCAAUAUGAUUCUUUUAACUAUACUCUAAAUUUCGAUGAUGGAGUCCAUGAUGAUGAUCAACAUGCUGCUAAUCUUGGGUUUUCAUCCAGGUUUGCUCCUCCAGUGCUCAACAAUAAGAAGGCUAGAUCAUCAUCUUCUUAAUCUUUUAUUACUUUGAUUCUCUGAAAUGAGAAUUCAUGUAUAUGCUAAAAUUCUACUUAUUUCUUUGUAUGAAAUUGAAAUUCUCUCUAUACAUAGCUAUGAUAUGAAUUGUCAACUCAGUUUUUGGGGCUUUUUGUAUAAUCAUUUGUUUUUUUUGACACAAUUAAAUUUAAGAUAUUAAAAGUUUUCUAGUUUUUAAUUGAUAGUAAUAUAUAAUUUUUUAAAUUGUAUCGAAAUAAUAAAUGUUAUUCUGACUACAGUUAGUUGAAGAUGAGAAAAAUAUUUGUACAAGACAUAAAACAACUGUUCUAUUAAGAUAUGUUUAAUGAAAUUGUCAAAUAAUUAAAAAUUUAUACUCUUU